GGAAAAAAAUGUGAAGGGGAUUUUGAAUAGGGCCAAUCAUUAAUCGUUUAAAUACGAUUAUUCAAUAAGAACAAUACAAGAGAGUUGUGUGCAGGGAGCCCUGGUUUCUUGGUGGAUGGAAAAUAUGGAAAAUAUGGAGGGCAGCAGCAGUAGCAGUAGCUCAUGCGCAUCGGAAGAGGAUUUGACAGUGGUAGUUAAAUGGAGUGGCAGAGAAUACAGAGUGCAGGUGAGCCGGGACGAGAGCGUCUCGGAGCUAAAGAGGCGCAUAUGCGAACUCACUACUGUCCUCCCCAAGCGCCAGAAGCUUCUUUCCCCUCACAAAUUCACCGAUGUCACUCUCCUCUCUUCCCUACCUAUCAAAUCCUCCCUUAAAAUCACCAUGAUGGGCACUGUGGAGGAUGAAAUUAUUGUGGAUCCAGUGGACAGCCCAGAGAUAAUUGAUGACUUUGAGUUGGGACAAGAUGAUGCUGCUGAAAUAAAGGACAAAGAAGUAAACAAGCAGAAAUUGAGACGCCGCAUAGAGCAAUACAAGAUCAAACUACUUAAUCCAUGUCGUGAAGGCAAGAAACUACUUGUGUUGGAUAUUGACUACACAUUAUUUGAUCAUCGGUCUACAGCUGAAAAUCCAAUGGAGUUGAUGCGUCCUUAUCUCCAUGAAUUUUUGACAACUGCCUAUGCGGAAUAUGAUAUAAUCAUAUGGUCUGCAACCAGCAUGAAGUGGGUUGAGGUUAAGAUGGAGCAGCUUAGGGUACUCAAUAACCCCAAUUACAAAAUUACAGCACUUCUCGAUCAUCUAGCAAUGAUUACCGUGCAAUCUGAUUCACAUGGUGUCUUCGAUUGCAAGCCUCUUGGACUAAUUUGGGCAUUGUUUCCCAAGUACUACAAUCACCAAAACACUAUCAUGUUUGAUGACCUUAAGAGGAACUUCGUCAUGAAUCCACAGAAUGGGCUUGCAAUAAGACCUUUUCGUAAAGCUCAUUUGAAUCGAAGUACUGAUCAAGAAUUGGUUAAACUCACACGGUAUUUACUGGCUAUAGCAGAAUUGGAUGAUCUGAACCAACUUGAUCAUAAAAAAUGGGAGUCAUUCAUCGAACAAGUGAAAAGACCAAGGCAUGCAUAAGCAAUUUGGUAUAUCAACUACAAAUUGAGGAAAUGAUCUAUUAAUGCUUAUUAGUGAUAAUUUCAUUGACAAUAUCUGUUGAAAUAUAAAUUUGUUAUUAUCACUUUAUAUGUCAUUACUUCCAAAUAUAAAUUUGUUAUUGACACCUUAAAUGGUAUCACAUUACAAUUCAUUAUCUCUUUUGGAUGAGCUGAGUUACUUAGUGGCAUCAAGGAUAUAUAGGAGGGCUGAUACUGCAGGUUGAUUGUCUUUACUAAAUAUCCCCUGGAGCUACCAGGAAUCAAGAAGUUUGUCAAGACAAUAAAAAUAUAAGUGAGAAAAUUAAAUUGUUUGCACAA